AUGCCAGCUCUUUCCAGUAUUGCAGAGUCGUUGUCUGAAAGAGAGGAGGAUUUCUACGAAGUACUCCCAAUUGGCAGUGACGAUGAUGGAAAAAGGAUACAGGCUGAUGAAGUGGAUGAGAAUGAUGUAAACAGUUUGCAGAAUUCAAUCAUUGACUGGACAGAAGAUGAAACAUGGACCCCAUCUAAAGACACAGAAGAAGUUUCUACCUCAGAGGAGGAAACAAGAGAGGAAGACAGUGAGUCUGACGACAGUGACACGGACUACAUACCAACAAUACGAAUCAGUUUGAAGGAUGAAAGAGUUGUUGCACUUGGAGAUGCUAGAAUGGACAGCCCUGGUUUUUCGGCCCAAUACUGCACAUACACUGUGAUGGACAAUGGCAGUAAAAAGAUUAUGAAUAUUGCCAAUAAAGACAAGCGAGAAGCCCAGGGACAUUCCACCAUAAUGGAAAAGUUGGCAUUCAUUGAUAGUUUAGACAAACUUAGAAAUGAAGUCAAUAUUUCUGAGAUUUGUACUGAUGCGCAUACCCAGAUUUCUGCACUUUUCAGAACUGGAAUAUAUAAAGAUUCUGGAGUGGAGUAUAGCUUCGAUAUGUGGCAUGGUGCAAAGAACCUCGGGAAACGAAUACAUGCUUCUGGCCAACAGCGGGAUUGCAAAAUUCUGUUGCAGUGGAAGAAAGACAUAUGCAAUCAUUUCUGGUUUUGCUGCAAAGUAGCAGAUAAUUAUGAAAGAUUCUUUCCCAUGUGGAUUGGCUUAUUGCACCACGUCACUGCCCCAUCAACAAAAGAACUGAGGGACAAACAUGUCAGCCGUGGAGAUGCAGGUCAAGAAGAACGGCAAUAG